AUGCGCCUCUUCCGCGGGCCGAAGCGCAGGGAAGUGACCGGGCCGCAGGCUACUGCGACGCCGUCUUCGCGCCGAGACGCCAACGUCGAGCCGCAAGACCCACGCGACUAUACGCUUGUCACUGCACUGCCAGCCAUGGUUAUGGAAGAUGAUGUCAAAGAAAUGAAAAAAGUGUUCGCAACAUGGGGUCGCCGGAUGGGAAAAAAACUAGAUAUGUUGAAAAAGUCUGAUACAAAGGAAGCACCCGAAGGAACACUUUCUCCGGAAAGCGUCAACGAUGAAUCUUCGUCUAGCAUAUCAGGCCAGUACAAGAAAAAACACAAUUGGAAAAUGGGGCGCAGUAGUUCUGACUCUACCACUUUACAAAAAGAUAACGACACAGAUUCUAUUCGCAGUGGUUCAAGAGAUCGAUCUCCGAGCCCAUUCAAAUCAUUUUUUUAUAGAAUGGGUUCAACAGGGAUGUUAAACACAUCAAAAUCACAUUCUCUUAACUCACAGAAGGUAUCUGAGAAUUAUUCAAGCCAACCAAGCACUCCUUCGCUUUAUCGUAGUUGUUCCACUUCACACUUAUCUACAUAUGUCAAGGCUGAUGAUCCCUCCGAAGGAAUAGAUCUACAAAACAGCGAAAGUGCGAGCAAUAAGCAGUCUCCUACAAAACAAAAACAUAAUAACUUAAUACAUGAAGAAAAUUUAGUGACAUCUUCAACAAAAGCCGUUAGUUGUGAUAAUAUUCCUAAAUUAGAAGGUCAACCAAAUAGUGGUUUGUGUAAGAAACCGAAUUUUCCAUAUGCUUUCUUGCGUUCAAAAUUAUCAGUUUUACCAGAAGAAAAUAAUAUGGUACACAGACCCACCGUUUGCGUAAGGCAAAGUUUCUCAGAGAGGAUAGAUAGGAAAUCGCCCAAGUUUCGACGGGAAAGACUAUAUUUACCUCAUUCCCGUUCAGAAGACCGAUAUCAGAGUAGUGAUAACAUAUCCGUCCACGAUGAAAAUAACUUAUUCAACACUAAUCUGAGGAGUAAUUACGAUUUUGUAAGAAGCUCUAUGAGGAGUGUUAACGACAUAGAUGGAAAUAUAUAUCGAAGGAACGAAGAUGUACCUCGAAGGUCAUCCAUGAUUUCGCAAAGACCACCCCUAGACUAUGACCCAAUGAUGGUUCCAAGAAACAGAAACAGCUUACCGGUGUACGACUACAGUGCAACACUUGGAUCUUCACAAGAUCUUAAAACGGACCUUGCUUCUUCUAAUCAAAGUAUACACCAAGAGGUUCUUCAAACACACCGUUUAAGUAAUUAUGUAAGUUCGAACGAGUCAGGCUAUGACAGCGAUAGUCGACCAACAGAUGAACACAGCAAUCAUUCCCCACCAGUAUAUUCAUAUAACUUAUCUAGCGGAUCAGCGAGAGCUGAUACAAAUAUUGGCAGUGGUGAUGGACAUUCUGGGACUUUUUCAAGACAAUUAAGUUUUAAUCAAAAAAUAAACGUAAGCAGAGUUCAACUUCCUCCAAGAAGAAGUUCUACACCAUGCGCUUUAUUUCCGCUAGAUAAGGAUAUUUCCCACGAGUAUGAAAAGAAAAUAUCUGAAAAUAAACUAUAUAUUAACGAAUCUGCAAAUCAGCAAAUGCCACUAGACUACAACGACGCUAAGCCGCCACCCUUACCAAAGAAGUCAAUAAAUAAGAAACCACCGUACAUUUACAAAACCAUAACUUUAGACGAACAUGUGCAAACUAGAAAGGUCAAGCUUCUACAUACCCAAAUAAUGCCGAUUCAGCACUUGUCUACGCCAAAUUUGAAUGAAAAUAAUUUAACGGCAGAAACACAAACACAGCAACAAAUUCCUGAUAGAGAUAUUUUUGGUAGAGGACCUUGUACCAAAAGAUUUCGAAAAAUAAGAUUACUUAAAUCUCGUUUAGACGAAAGUCUUGGUGUUUAUUUGGCGCAACAUAGAUUCGAUUUCGAUAACACUGGGUUUAAUUACGAAAUUCGUUAUAUCGUAGUAAAACUCGACUUUGAUGGAAUUGCACACCGAGAUGGAAGACUUCGAAUAGGGGAUGAAAUUGUAAAUGUUAAUGGAAGGGUUUUAAGAGGCUUAUCAUCUUUGAAAGACGUUCAACACAUCGUUAAUUCGUGUUCUACUGAAGCAAAUAUGGAAGAGAAAACCCUGUUUCAACGAUAUCAAGUCGAUUUGGUCAUGGCUCACGAUGAAAUAACUCCUAUUACUUUAAGCAGAAUCAUAAGUAGCCAACACCGUGAACAAGUCUUUACUCCUAGUAUUACAAAUGUAACUCCUGACUUAAUUUCGCAAACUGUUCACAAACCUUCACUAUCUAAUAAAAUUACAAUCGAAACUCACUUCCCUACUGAAGGACAAUAUAACAUACAUACCUCAAAUGAUACGAGUUCACAUAAUAACCAAUUCGACAUUAACCAGAAAUGUGAAGUUGGAAUUCAAAUUAACGACGGUCAUGUUCUAUCGAAUCAAAAAAGUGAUGAUGAAAAACUUUUAGAAAGACGUUAUAUACAGCCCGGUUCAUUACAAAACAUUACUAACAUUGAGAUUUCAAUGAGAUCUUCGCCAACACCUCGAAAUAAAAGCACAAAUAGUUACAGACCAAUAUCUCUUCAUAAUUCAAGACCGCAAUCAUUAAAAGGGAAUUAUUCGGCAAGCAAUGAUAAUACAUCUAACGAAAUAAAAGAAAACACAUCACACUAUAUCAAAAAUGUUCCAAGAUUAUAUCAAAAUAGAUCAUUUGAGAGUAUACCUGAGCAAUUACGCAGUAGUAGUCGAAGUAGAUUUUUCAAUAGAGUUGGAUCACAACGAUGUACACAAAAUACAAGUGUACACGUUUCACGUCAUCAAGAAUAUAACGCUGCUAUCAAUCAGGAGCAACAACAGUUUUCUCAUAGUUCGCUACACAAAGCUGAAUUUUGGAAGGGACCGGGUCAAAAAAGUUUGGGUUUUAGUAUUGUGGGCGGCACUGAUUCUCCAAAAGGACAAAUGGGAAUAUUUGUUAAGACGGUGUUUCCGAAUGGACAAGCUGCUGAUAAGGGAACUAUCUUCGAAGGUGAUGAAAUCUUAUCUGUGAAUAAUGUUCCAACACGUGGAUUGAGUCAUGCUGGAGCCAUAUCGCUUUUCAAACAAGUUAAAGAAGGAAAAAUAGAAUUGACGCUUUCAAGACGGAGAGCACCAAGGUCAAGAUCUGUGGAACCUUUGGGUAAUUUUCGUUGUGACAGUAAAUGA